AUGUCAUCAAGCUUGCGAACGCUGGACGCCGCCGAUGAUAGACACCAACGUCGGAAGCGGAUGAAAGAAGACAACGAGCCUUCUGACCACGGCAGACAGGAUCGGCAGGACAUCACAGGCUCUGGCGCUACUCGUGCAAACGAGCCCCGUUCCCCUAUGCAAUUCAUUCGCGAUAGUCCUCCCCCGAAGCGGAUCCGACGGGAAUACGAAGCAGCCACUUCAGAGCAGCAGCAGGAAGUUUUAUUGAGUAGCGAGCAGUCGGUUAUAAAUAUGCACUUGCGUGCGAACCACGACGAAGCUGCCAUCGAGGCUGCACCUGGCCCCAUCUCCACUGGGGUCUUUGAAGACCAUCUAUCUGACGGAAGACCUUCGAGUGGCAUAUCUAUGAAUCAAGUUGGGACAACCUCUACUAAGGAGAUCGCACACACGGAUGGUAGAGGGUCAGCCGACCCUCCGGUGGAUCCUGGCAAGGCUCGAGGCAACCUUUCGGGCAUGCUUUGCUUCAGGCUAAAGGAGUUGGAGGAGACUUUCCUCUGCAGGAGACCGCCUUGGGAUGAUGUCUUCGACCGAGACGCGAUAUUCACGAUCAUAAGGGACAAUGCCGAACGACGCCGUAGACAUCUGCUGGUCAGGACCAUAGAACACCGUAUGGAUAUAUGGGGGCUUUGUCAGCUUGCUCUGUCCGGGGAAAUUCCAGAAGAAAAUCUGUUCAAAUCCUUCCGGGAUGGCGAGUGCUACAUGCUCAGACCAACCCCUCGCUCUCCUGUACCCCUCCAGUGGAUCCACAUCAGCCCAGGCGCAAUCCCGGAUGCACUUGCAGACAUGUCACUGGCAAAUGUCCCGUACACUCUUCGCAACCUCAACGUCGUAAUGGGCACAGCUUACACGCUCGAGAUGGAAGGCAUGCGAGAAUUUCUCGAGUAUGCGAUCCGGGAGUCACGUGACUUCGGGGAGGUCUACGGCCAUGGGAUCUGCUCAGCAACCGAAUACUCCCCUAUCAUCUGGGUUGCCGACGAAGAUCGCGUUGACGUAUGGACGAACAUCAACGGCAACCAGUGGCCAGCACCUACCCCACGCGCGACAACUCUCGAGCAUGUUCGUGUUGAGCUGCUCAACAUGGGAGCAGAGUACGUCUGGGUAGAUGUUCUGUGUCUGCGGCAGAAGGGCCAUAAUGAGGACGAGCCGGCGCGGUUGGAGGAGUGGAAGGUCGAUGUACCGACUAUUGGCUAUAUCUACCAAGCCGCGUCCAGCAGCAGACGCUGCGUCACAUACUUCAACGGUCUCGGGCUCCCAUUCGCCACAGCUCCUGAUGUUGUCGCUUCCGAUCGCCAUUGGUUCAAUCGUGUCUGGACAUUGCAGGAGUCUGUGUCCGAGUGGCUGCCUGGUGGGCUAGCCGACACCUCUUUUGUCGACGGACACGCAUUCUUUGCUCGGCUGAGCAAAAUUAUCCUCAGUGCAUCACCCGGCUCAGGUACCAGCUUGACUCAAGACCUCAUAUCGCGCCAUUGCACCAACGAACUCGACAGGAUUGUCGGCCUCGCAUACUGUUCCGGAGAUUGUAUCACUCUACCCAUUGUUAAAGACCUCUGA